AUGCUAACGAGCGCGGCCUGUGGAACAUGGAGCCCCACAAGAGACGAGACCACAAACAUCGGUGAGUCGAGACAGGUCUCACAGAGUUGGCUGGAACGCCUCUGGAAUGGAUUUCUGGGAAUUCUGUCGGGGAACACGCGACAAGACGGCCCCCUCAUCAUCGGGGGAUCCCCCGCUAGCAUCACGCAAGCCCCGUUCAUGGCCUACCUGUACGCCACAUUCCCCAAGCAGGGGUUAUCGAAGCCAACUAAGGAAUGCAGCGCCUCCAUCCUCAGCGAGCAGUGGAUCCUCACGGCAGCUCAUUGCAUCUAUGACGAUGCAAGCAACAUCGCUACUCAGAUAACUGCCCGGGUGGGAAGUGCAGAUCGGACGUCUGCGGCUUCAAUCAAAGCGGAUAGAUGGUUAGCUUAUCCAAGCUACAACAAGAGUGACCCUACGAAGAACUAUGAUGUGGCCUUGAUCCACUUACCCAAGCGUCUAACGUUUAGCAGCACUGUCCGGCCCAUAUGCUACCCUCAGUCGGACAACGUCUUGGGAACAAGCAUUUCUUGGUGCGACAAGAAGGCCUAUGGUUGGGGGUACCUUCAGGCCACCGACCAAUAUGGUUCCACCAUAUUGCAAAAGCUAAUUGUUCAAGUGACGCCGACUACCACUGACUGCACCACCUACACCGACGAAAGAAUCAUUUGCGUGAAGGGAGAUCCACCGUCCAGCGGCGUUUGCCACGGAGACAGCGGUGGACCGUUGGUGGUGCUAUACGGUAUUGCCUACGUGACCGGGAUCGCCUCCUACGUUCAAGAUGAAUCAUGCGUGACUGGUGCUGCAGGCUACACGAGAGCCUCUACGUACGCCUCUUGGGUCAAGUCCACCAUCGGAGCUUGACGGAGCAUCGAGGAGGACGAAUGGAUGUUGUGAUCUUGAUGCCAGGGUGGAUAUGCGACUUUUCCACUGUUUCGUGUGUUUAUAUGCACGCAAAGAGUGAAUGGGAAGUCUGACCUUCGCGUUCGCGGUGACUCGUGUAUUUCUAUGGACACGUUCGGGCACUCUGUGGGUAUCUACUCUCCCUGGCCAAAGAACAAGUUUGGUGAUAUUGCGAAAGAAAUCUGAUACUGGCGCCUGAAGAGAUUCGAGAAGGGAAUGAAUGAAAAUUAUCGUUUGGACAUGAGUGAUCGAGGACUCGGGGGAAAUUGUGAUGUUUUCACGAAAAGUGAAUUUCGUGUCCUAUGAUUCUUUGUUCACACGUCAAGGAAAAUUCUCUAGAUCGUUUCAUUUUGUGUCGUAUGGUCGUAUGGGAAGGUGCACAAGCUUGGGAAUGCAUAUAAUGAAUGGAUAUCCAUAUAUAGGCAUGUACUGUACAUAGCGUUUCAACCGAGAGCAAAAAAAGUCUGGUUUGGUAAGAUCAUUUCAUGGCAAUAUCAUG